AUGCAUUUAUCCCUUUCAUUGAGUUUUUCCAUAUGUUAUUCGUUCCGACUUGCAGUUUGCCAGUCCUAUUCUAAACAUCCAUGGCAGAAUCGUGAGAUUGCUGCCCCAAAUGUCGCCAAAGAGUACGACUUUAUCAUUAUCGGGGGCGGUCAAUCGGGCCUUGUUGUCGGUAAUCGCCUCUCGGAAGAUCCAGAUACCACCGUGCUUGUGGUCGAAUAUGGAUAUUUUGACAAUCGCCCGGAACAGAUCGAUCCUGCAAGUUUUGGCGGAUUAGUGAACUGGCCCAUACAAGACUUGUACAACGUGACAUCGACACCACAAGCCGGUCUAUUGGGGAACACAGUCACGGUCCUGGCCGCUGCCGUAGUGGGAGGCGGCUCAACCGUCAAUGGCAUGAUGUUGACCCGCGGGUCUGCCGACGACUAUGACAACUGGGCAAAGGUGAAUGAGGAGUCUGACUGGGGCUUCCAAGGAUUGCUCCCUUACUUCAAAAAAAGUGCAACGUUUCGAGAGCCAGCUCCAGAACUGGCUCACGAGUACAAUAUUACCUGGGAUCAAGACGCUUACGGUUCUGACUCUCCCAUACAUGAGAGUAUUGCUUCAUAUUUGUACCCUGGUUUGAUACCUCAGUGGCAGGGCAUGGAAGAAGCUGGCCUGACUGCCCAAGUGGAAGGUGCCAAUGGCAAUGCAUACGGAGUGUUUUGGUAUCCGAACGCAAUUGACAAUGAAACCGUGACGCGAUCCUAUGCUGUGAGCGGAUAUUACACGCCGGUGGCGGAUCGCGCCAACCUUCACCUCUUGACUGGUCACCGGGUGAAUGAAAUAUUGUUUGACAGUCAGCUCAAUGCAGAUGGAAUCAAUUUUCAGCCUCGCGGAGUGCCGGAAGGAGAAGACGUGGUCUCGGUCAAGGCCAGAAAAGAAAUCAUUCUGGCAGCUGGCGCCCUUCACAGCCCUCAGAUUCUCCAAAGAAGUGGUGUCGGUCCCUCUUCGAUGCUUGCAGAAGCAGGCAUUGAGGUUCUAGUCGACCUACCCGGUGUGGGCAGCAAUCUUCAAGAUCAUCCAGUCUCAUAUGUUGCAUUUGAUUACGCAAGGGAUCUAGACCCUAGUCCCCAAUACAUGUGGGAUAAUUCGACGUUCAUUGAAUGGGCUGAGGAAGUAUGGGCAGAGAAUAGAACCGGGCCUUUUGCGGUAACUACGGGCAAUACGAUAUCACUCAUACCUCUGUCACAGCUCAUCCCCGACUCGUGGACUUCAGUCGUGGAGACACUACAGGAUCAAAACUCUACCGAGUUCCUCCCGGUCACAUACACGACGGACCAACUUGCCGGUUUCGAAGCACAACGUCGCCUAUUUAUUGACUCUAUUCAGCGCAACGAUAAUGCCGUUAUAGAGGUACCGUUCAACGGGUCAUCGUCUUUUGCGACCGUAUUGACAAAGGGCAUGAGCCGAGGCACUGUCCAUCUCGACACCACGGAUAGAUACGCAGAGCCCGUCAUUGACUAUGCGACUUACCAAAAUCCCGUCGACGCUCGCCUCAUGGUCGGCAGUAUUGAAUUCGCGCGCCGAUUCCAUGAAACGGCCGCCAUGGUCGACACGUUUGGCCCGAUCGUCGGGACCUACCCGCCGGCCAACAUGACCGACUACGACCAGCUGGAGCAGAUUGCGCGCCUCACCACCUCGGGCACGAUUGGGCACAUUUCCGGCACCUGCGCCAUGACGCCGCGGCGUCUCGGCGGCGUCGUGGGCACGGAUCUGUUGGUCCAUGGCGUCACGGGGCUCAGCAUUGCGGAUGCGUCCAUCCAGCCCAUGAUCCCUAGCGCGCAUAUCUGCACGACUGUUUAUGCAGUCGCUGAAAAGGCGGCGGAUCUCAUCAAGUCUCGGCAUGGCCUCUUUCGGCAUUGA